AUGCUGCAACUUAUUUUAAUAGCGAUAUGUUUCGCUGCGCUAUUUUACUAUUUCGGCGUUAAGCCGAUGUACCACUGGACUGAAAAGGGCAUAAACCAAACAACGGUGGUAUGGUUGGCAGGAGAUAACUGGAGAACAGUCUUUAAACUAGAGAGUUUUGCUGAAAUGGUGAAAAGAGUGUACAUGCAAAUGCCAGGAGCUAGGUACUUGGGUAUGUACCAGUUCACAACCCCAACACUAGUCCUUAGAGAUCCCGAGUUGAUCAAACAAAUAGGAGUCAAGGAUUUCGAUCACUUCGUGGACCACAGAUCAUUCGUUACCGAAGAAUCCGAUCCAUUGUUCGGAAAGAACCUAUUCUCUCUCAAAGGCCAAAGGUGGCGGGAAAUGCGGCCGAUCCUGAGCCCCUCGUUCACCAGCAGCAAAAUGAAGAACAUGUUCACGCUGAUGUCGGACUGCGCCACCUCGCUCACCGAUUACUUCUCGAAGAAGAACCAGGAGGUGGUGGAGGUCGAGAUGAAGGACGUGUUCACGCGCUACACCAACGACGUCAUCGCCACCACCGCCUUCGGGAUCAGCAUCGAUUCGCUCAAAGAUCAGACCAAUGAGUUUUACUUGAUGGGGAAGCAGGCCACGAAUUUCGGCAGUUUCUGGCAACGGAUGAAGUUCUUCGGGUUCUUCUUGGCCCCCAAAUUAUUCACGCUGCUAAAAAUACCGUUAUUCGACAAAGAGGUGGCUAAAUUCUUCACCGAUCUAAUCAACAACAACAUCAAAAUGAGAAAAGAAAAAGGCAUCGUACGACCCGACAUGAUCAACCUUCUCCUUGAAGCCCAAAAAGGUAAAGACAAAGACGAGGAGAACCAUCAUCCGGUCGACAAUGGAUUCGCAACUGUUGAAGAAGCCGAUUUCCACCAAAAAGGAAAAUCGGCGUUAGGUAAACUGACCAACAUGGACAUUGUGGCCCAAGCUAUGAUAUUCUUCUUCGCCGGUUUCGACACCGUUUCUUCGGUAAUGUGCUUCAUGGCGUACGAACUAGCGAUCGACACCGACGUGCAAAAGAGACUCAGAGAGGAAGUUUUCCAAACCCUCGACGAAUGCAAAGGAACCGUAACGUACGAGGCCGUCUUGAAGAUGAAAUACAUGGAUAUGGUCGUAUCAGAAACCUUAAGGAAAUGGCCGAGCGCCAUAGCAGUGGACAGGGUCUGCACGAAGCCCUACACCAUCGAGCCGGUGCGACCGGACGAGAAGCCCUUGCACGUGGACAAAGGCGACAUCCUGUGGCUGCCCAUCUUCGGCAUCCACCACGAUCCGGAGAUCUACCCGGACCCGGAGCGGUUCGAUCCGGAGAGAUUCAACGACGACAACAAGGCGAACAUCCACCCGUACUCGUACAUUCCGUUCGGAGUGGGCCCCAGGAAUUGCAUCGGCAAUCGAUUCGCUCUGAUGGAAAUCAAGGUGGUGUUCUUCCAUUUGCUGUCGCUGUUCGAGGUGGUGCCCAUAGCUAAAACCGAGAUUCCCCUUCGGAUAUCCAAGGCGCAGUUCAACUUGCAGGCCGAGGGCGGCUUCCCGUUGGGUUUGAAAAGGCUGAGCAAAUAA